AAGACUUUUUGGUUGAGAACUGAAAAGUAGUCCAGAAUCGAGAAUGGAGUAUCUUAACAAGCUUCUGCUUCUCGCUUGUGCCACUUUCUCCGUUAUGUCUCUUGUUAAGUCUCAAAAUCAACAAGGAUUCAUCAGUUUGGAUUGCGGAUUACCUUCUAACGAAUCUCCUUAUAUCGAACCGUUGACCAAUUUAACAUACAUAUCAGAUGUCAAUUUCAUCCGAGGAGGAAAAACUGGUAAUAUCGAAAAUAACUCAGAGACGGAUUUUAUCUCGAAGCCAUACAAGGUUUUGAGAUACUUUCCGGAAGGAACUAGAAACUGCUACAAUUUGAGUGUGAAGCAAGGCACAAAGUAUCUAAUCAGGACUUUUUUCUUAUAUGGAAACUAUGACGGUCUUAAUACUUCUCCAAGAUUUGACCUCUUUCUCGGUCCAAAUAUUUGGACAAGCAUAGAUGUACUAAUACCGGGGCUAGGGACGAGUACACCAAUGAUAUCGGCCAUAGAAUUAAGACCUUUGCGAUAUGAUACUUAUACUGCUCGAACCGGUUCCUUAAAGAAGAUUGUGCACUUUGACUUCACCAAUCAACGCAAGGAAAUACGUUAUCCCGAAGAUGUUUAUGAUCGUAUUUGGAUGCCAUAUUCACAACCGGAAUGGACUCAAAUAAACACAACCCGAAAUGUAAGUGGCUUUUCUGAUGGCUAUAACCCGCCACAAGAUGUAAUUAAGACCGCCGCCAUACCCACUAAUGUCAGCGAGCCAUUGGAAUUUAUUUGGAAUUCGGAAUCCUCUGAUGACCAAACGUAUGCUUACCUUUACUUCGCUGAGAUCCAGAAAUUAAAGACCAAUGAAACUAGGGAAUUCAAAAUUGUGGCGAAUGGUCGUCUUGAUUACACUAAUUAUAUUCCAACGAAGUUUGAAGCAGAGACCUUAAUCAACCCUGCACCACUAAAAUGCGAGGGAGGGCUAUGUCGUGUGCAGCUUUCAAAAACACCGAGGUCGACUCUACCACCCCUAAUGAAUGCUAUAGAGAUUUUUAGCGUCAUACAAUUUCCACAGUCAGAGACAUAUACAGAUGAUGUCAUUGCUAUCAAGAACAUUCAAUCUACUUAUCAAUUGAGUAGAAUCAGCGGGCAGUGGCAGGGCGAUCCAUGUGUCCCUAAACAGUUUUCAUGGAUUGGUGUAAGCUGCAACGUUAUAGAUAUCUCCACACCACCGAGAAUCAUCGCAUUGGAUUUAUCGAAUAACAACUUGACUGGAGAAGUGCCUGAAUUUCUAGCCAAGAUCAAAUCGUUGCUGGUCAUACGCUUAAGAGGAAACAAUCUUAGAGGAUCUGUUCCUCAAGCCCUUCAGGAUAGAGAAAAAAAUGAUGGUUUAAAACUGUUGUAAGAGUCUGUUUUGAGAUGAUUUUAUGAUUUUGAUUAUAUCCACUCUUGUUUUAUAAUUAAUUUCUUCAAUAACGUUUUCAUUUUUUU